AUGAGGCAGGAGGAUCACAAGUUCAAAGCCAGCCUCGGCAAUGGCGAGACGCUAAACAACUUAGUGAGACCCUGUCUCUUAAUAAACUACAAAAUAGGGCUGGGGAUGUGGCUCAGUAGAGUUCAAUCCCUGGUACCAAAAAAAAAAAAAAAACACACACACACAAAAAAAUAAGAAUGGGAAGGGGGUGGAGGGAGGGGGAUAAUUGUCACGGGGAUUUGGGUGUGAAGGGAGGGUAACACAGUGGACGCCAAUAGCCUCAGGUCGAGAUACAGAGGUCAAAAAGAACCCUUUUAUGCGCACUUUAAAUAUAAACUGUAGGAGUCUGUUCAGAGACACACAUUCACACACAAGCAAAAUACAUGUGAACUAAACUUGCAGUCAUGCAGUUCUAUUGGCACGUUUGGGCUGACACACUCUCUCUCAUCCUGAGGUCACAGCUCAGAGAAACCUAGGGACCUCAGAAAGAGUCUCAGUCUGGUAGGAUCCCAGGACAUUUCCGUGGUGAUCCAGCCCACCAAUCUUACACCUGGAGUGGUCCAAAUUCCCACCUAGCUCCAACUAUCUUCUAUCACAAGAGCUGCCAAGAGGCCAGGAGUGGUAGAGAAUGCCCGCAAUCCCAGCUACGCAGGAGGCCGGGGCGUAAGAAUCCCCAGUUCAAGGCCAGUCUCAGCAACUUAGUGAGACCCUGUUUCAAAAAAUAGAAAAAGGCUGGGGAUGAAAAGAGACAGACACUGGGGAAAGGAGGACUUCCUUGGCCAGGGACUACUUUCCCCAUGAAAAAAAGAAGGUGAUGCCAUCCUAUGGCUCUGUGACUGGCUGCCACCGAGUCUACCAGGAAGAACCAGGGACCUGGUUCUCUGUUGUGACCUUGUCCCAGAAUUUCCUUUGCUUCAGAAAUAGCGGUGGACCCUCCUGGGAGAACUAAAAAACAGGUGAUGGGAGGAUUUUUUUUUUCCUCUCAGGGGAGGGACUUGGCUGGGUAGAUAUAAACCCCAACCUGUACAGUUCUCUAUAAAAUGAUUUGAAAGGCAAGUGUGUGUGUGUGUCAGGAUGGAGGGCGUCUUCAAGAUGACUACCUAUGUGCCUGCUCGCUGGCCUCAUUCUGUGUCCAGUCUGCACACUGUCAUUAGGAGAAUUCUAGCCCCCAUCACCCCCAGGCUGAGCAGUACCCCCCGCGGAGGCUCCUGAGCCAAUCCCCAGGUACUUCCACCCAAGGUGCCUCAAGCUAAGCUCCACAGGGAAUGUAGUGGGGUGAGAACUUUUCCAUACGUGAUGCCCACCCACGGGGGCUGUUUAGAUUUAGAGGUUGCACAGAAUCGCUCUGCAUCUGGGAGACCAAAAGGCAAUUCUCUGGAAGCUGGUUAGCGUUAGCGGGGGGGGGGAGCUCCCGAGCUCCCUGGAGAGGAAUCGGGAUGUCAGAGAGACCCUUUGUGCCACCCGGCUGCCUGUCUUGCAGACCCCGUCCCUGGCACAGAGCCUCCCCCUGGCUCCUUCCCUCCACUGACAUCCUGUAGUGGCCGCUUGCUGCAGACCUCCCCCCGGUGGCUUUAUUUAUUUAUUUUGCACCAACAGGGUUGCUGCAGACUCAUUCUCGCCUGGUUUAAAAAAAGGGAGAGAGAGGAGAAAAAAAAAAAGGAGAAAUGCUUCCUGGCUCUUUUCUCUCCCUGUGUCUUGGCAGCAAGGACCACAGCGGUAGCAGCAGCGGCUGUGGCGGUGGCAGGCGGGCGGGCGGCGGGAGUGGGGAGCGAGGCACAGACGGGAAGUGCAGUGGCCCCAGGUGCAGCUCGAAUGGGACGGGGGCCCCCAGCCCCGGGGCAGAUGCAGUGUCCAACUUGAUGCCAGCCUCCAGCGUCUCCGGACUCAAGAGGCCAUGAAUGCGGCCACAGCUCCACAGCAAGCCUGGCCCCCGUGGCACCCCCUCCUUUUCCUGCUCCUCCUGCCUGGAGGUAGCAGUGGUAGCUGCCCUGCCCUUUGUGACUGCACCUCCCAGCCCCGAGCCGUGCUCUGCGCCCACAGGAGACUGGAGGCUGUCCCUGGGGGACUCCCGCUGGACACUGAGCUCCUGGACCUAAGUGGGAACCGCCUGUGGGGGCUUCAGCGGGGCAUGCUUUCCCGACUGGGCCUGCUGCAGGAACUGGACCUCAGCCACAACCAGCUCUCUGCCCUUGAGCCUGGGGCCUUCCAUGGCCUACAGAGCCUCCUCACCCUGAGGCUACAGGGCAACCGGCUCCGAAUUGUGGGGCCGGGGGUCUUCUCGGGUCUGUCUGCCCUCACACUGCUUGACCUCCGCCUCAACCAGAUUGUUCUCUUCCUGGAUGGAGCUUUUGGUGAGUUAGGCAGCCUCCAGCAGCUGGAGGUUGGGGACAAUCACCUGGUGUUUGUGGCUCCAGGGGCGUUUGCAGGCCUGGCCAAGUUAAGCACCCUCACCCUGGAGCGCUGCAACCUCAGCAUGGUGCCUGGCCUGGCCCUUGCCCGGCUCCCAGCACUAGUGGUCCUUAGGCUUCGGGAACUGGAUAUUGAGAGGCUGCCGGCUGGGGCGCUGCGGGGGCUGGGGCAGCUAAAGGAGCUGGAGAUCCACCACUGGCCAUCUCUGGAGGCUCUGGACCCUGGGAGUCUGACGGGGCUCAAUCUGAGCAGCCUGGCCAUCACUCGCUGCAACCUGAGCUCUGUGCCCUUCCAAGCUCUGCACCACCUGAGCUUCCUCAGGGUCCUGGAUCUAUCUCAGAACCCUAUCUCUGCCAUCCCAGCCCGGAGGCUCAGCCCCCUGGUGCGGCUCCAGGAGCUGCGACUCUCAGGGGCCUGCCUCACUUCCAUCGAGGCCCACGCCUUCCACGGCUUGUCAGCCUUCCACCUGCUGGAUGUGGCAGAUAACGCCCUUCAGACCCUGGAGGAGACGGCUUUCCCUUCUCCAGACAAACUGGUCACUCUGAGGCUGUCUGGCAACCCCCUAACCUGUGACUGUCGCCUCCUCUGGCUGCUCAGGCUCCGUAGCCGCCUGGACUUUGGCACUUCCCCCCCUGCCUGUGCAGGCCCCCAGCCUGUCCGGGGGAAGAGCCUGAGGGAGUUUUCAGACAUCCUGCCUCCAGGGCAUUUUACCUGCAAACCAGCCCUGAUCCGGAAGUCUGGGCCCCGGUGGGUCAUUGCCGAGGAGGGAGGACACGCCGUUUUUUCCUGCUCCGGAGAUGGAGACCCAGCCCCCACUGUCUCCUGGAUGAGGCCUCAGGGGGCUUGGCUGGGAAGGGCAGGGAGAGUCAGGGUCCUAGAGGAUGGGACACUGGAGAUCCGCUCAGUACAGCUACAGGACAGAGGGGCCUAUGUCUGUGUGGUCAGCAACGUAGCUGGGAAUGACUCCCUAAGAACCUGGCUGGAAGUAAUUCAAGUUGAACCACCAAACGGCACUCUCUCUGACCCCAACAUCACUGUGCCGGGGAUCCCAGGGCCUUUCUUUCUGGACAGCAGGGGUGUGGCUAUGGUGCUGGCAGUUGGCUUCCUCCCCUUCCUCACCUCAGUGACCCUCUGCUUUGGCCUGAUUGCCCUCUGGAGCAAGGGCAAGGGCCGGGUCAAACACCAUGUGACCUUCGACUUUGUGGCACCUCGGCCCUCUGGGGAUAAGAACUCUGGGGGAAAUCGGGUCACUGCCAAGCUCUUCUGACUUUUCCUUCCACCCAGGGGACCCAGACAAGUCCAAUUCAGACACCAAAGGGAAAGACAGAACCAAGGCCACUUGGACCAGAACCUCAUCCCAAGCAGCCCAGAUCUCCCCAACCCGCCACCUGCCUCAUGCCAGCAAUUAGUGACGCCUCCGGAGAAAGGGGCUGCUGUCCGUGCCUUUCCAGUCUGAGGACAGCACUGUCAUCUCUUCUCUGAGGGUGCAAGGAGUUGUAGAUAUAGACCCUGUAGUCCACCCAGCCCUCCCUUCAUCCCCACCCCAUGUGGAGCAGAAAACCACCAAGGUUCCAGUCUGCCAUUCUAACCACUAGGCUUUCUUCGCACAAUUACAUUCUCUAAUAAUCAAUACCAAUUGCAAUGGUAUUGAUAUGAUAUGAUAGCCAAGAUUGUUUUAGAGGUGAGACUCAGAAGUGCCGCUUGCUUCUUGGGGUCUUUGCUCCUUACCCAGGAAGUUUCCCUUUCUUUUCUACUCCCCAUCACACCCCAGCCCCAGGCUGUAAGUGUAAGGAACUAGAGGCCAGGAUCCUCAAGUUGAGGAGAAGAGGAUGCAUGCGUGAUAUGGGGGAAGAUGGACCACACACUGGGCUGUGUCUGCAUGAGCCAACACCUUCCUCUGUCUGACCAUUAAACCUGCUGCCAAAAGGUCACUACACUCGCAGCCAAAACAAAA